AGCAACAAAAUCCAAGCAAAUAUGAUCAGCAUUAUCUGAUUAUUCCAGAUUUGCUAGGCUUGUGACAAGGGUUGUCUUGAAAAUGAUGUUUGGCUGCAUUAUAUGCCAAAAAGGAAUGCCAAAUCAUAUGAAAAGUGUCUGGAGGUUUUAGUCCUCACUGAAAUCUCAAAUUAUGUGUCAUUUCCCCCCACCACAGCUCUGUUCUAGAGCAAGUGGUACCAAGUGUCCAGUGUAAUAUUUCCCAUUGUUGCAAUGGCUCUUUGAGGUACCCAGCCGUCAGAUAAGACCUGUUCUUUUGACACAGGCAUCAUAACUAAUAUUCGGUUACAUUAAUUUUGGACAACUAUAGUUCAGGAAUAUUUAUCAUUCCCAUCAAUAUUAAAUCCCCCAAAUCUUGCAUCCGCGUACGUCCCCACCAUAAAUUAGAAUAUCCACCAAGUUUAUUGCAUUCCCUCUGGCAAUUAAGUGAUAUAGAAGAGAACAUUUUGGCCAUUUUCAAAGAAGGGUGAUGCCAUCUGUAUAGUAAGAACACCCACAUUGAUGGCUUGAUCUCAGGCACUGUUGUGCCUGGCUAAUCUUGGUGCUUGAGCCUGCUUCCUCAAUCCCUGUAAUCGUCUUCCCAAAGAAAACGUAUUUAUAGCCCACUCUGUUACUCAACCAGAGUCCCCUUAACUAAUAGUCUAAUAGGAUUCUGGCCUCAAAAAUAAGCACACACUUUACACCCCCAAUGAAUGGAGGAGGGACCACAAUGGGGUUAUAAAAAGCCCCGGUGCAAUAGUCAGAAGCCUUCCAGGAUUGGUGCAAAGAGGUGUGUGGACCUCAAGAGACUCUCCUGAUUUCAGUUCUGCUUCUGCUGCUUCUGCUACACUAAUUGGAUAUGGCUGAUGGGUCAAAAGUGUACAAGAAGACCUGCCCCAAUGGAAAGCUAUCCAUCUACCUGGGGAAAAGAGAUUUUGUGGACCAUGUGGAUUCUGUGGAACCCGUUGAUGGGAUUGUCUUGGUUGACCCAGAAUACCUGAAAGACCGGAAAGUGUACGUGACACUGACCUGUGCAUUCCGCUAUGGCCGCGACGACCUGGAUGUUAUUGGGCUCACCUUCCGGAAGGACAUCUAUGUCCUCACUGCCCAGAUGUACCCCCCUGUGCCUGACCAGGCCCCCAAGACGCUUACUCCUUUGCAGGAAAAGCUGAUGAAAAAGCUGGGGGAACAUGCUUACCCCUUCACCUUUGAGAUGGCAACCAACCUCCCCUGUUCUGUCACCCUCCAGCCAGGACCAGAUGAUGCUGGAAAGUCUUGUGGGGUCGACUUUGAGGUCAAAGGAUUCUGUGCUGAAAACCUGGAGGAGAAAAUUCACAAGAGAAAUUCGGUGAGGCUGGUGAUUCGGAAGGUCCAGUUUGCACCUGCCCAGACAGGCCCAGCCCCAAAGUCGGAGACGACCAGGCAGUUCAUGAUGUCGGAUAAGCCUUUGCACCUGGAGGCCUCUCUGGAUAAGGAGAUUUAUUACCAUGGAGAUCCAAUUGGCGUUAAUGUCAACAUCAACAACACCACCAACAAGAUUGUGAAGAAGAUCAAAAUAACAGUUGAGCAAGUCACAGAUGUGGUUCUAUAUUCGCUGGACAAAUACACCAAGGCUGUGUGUUCAGAGGAGUUCAUGGAGAACGUGGCUGCCAACUCCACCUUCUCCAAAAAAUACAGCAUCACCCCCAGCUUGAACAACAACCGGGAGAAGCGGGGUCUGGCCCUGGAUGGGAAGCUCAAGCAUGAGGACACCAACCUGGCCUCCACCACCGUUCUGAGACCCGGGAUGGACAAGGAGGUUCUCGGGAUCCUGGUUUCCUACACAGUGAAAGUCAACCUGAUGGUAUCCAGAGGAGGCAUCCUGGGAGAUCUCACAUCAAGCGAUGUUGGUGUGGAGAUGCCUGUGGUCCUGAUGCAUCCCAAACCUGAUGAUUUUAUCUGUGAGGAAGAUAUUGUGAUCGAGGAAUUUGCUCGCCAAAAGCUCAAAGGGGAGAAGGACGACGAGGAAGAGAAGGAAGAAGAAGACAAAGAGAGCUAAGGGCACGACCCACCAGACCAGUGCAAGAAACCUUAGACAGCCUUCCCAUGUGUCUUCCCCACCAUCCCCGCAGAAACAUGUUUUCUCUCUAGAGUACGUAUUGCAUUUGUGAUGUGGUAGUUUGUGCUGAGCUUGCUGCUCUCACCUUUCAAAACAAAACCCCCAAACUGCUGUGGCACUGAGUCCUCAGUCUCGAUGCUCAUCCACACUUUCGCUUGACCUGCAUUUUGAUCAUGUCGUGUACUUGAAGUCCUCCUUUAUGCAGGGCAUAGUUAACCUGUGGAACUAACUUCCACAGAAGGCAGUGAUAGCCACUAAUUUGGAUGGCUUCAAGAGAGGAUUGAACAAAUCCAUUGGGGGAGAAUAUGGCUGUUGAUAGCUACUAGCCAUGACGACUAUGCUCUGCUUCCACAGCUGGAGGCAGAUAUGGUUCUGAAUACCAGUUGCCGGAAACCACAGGGCUCUUGUGCUUGGAUCCUGCUUGCUGCUUUCCUAUUGGGGAAUCUGGUUGGCCACUGUGAGGACAGGAUAGUGGACUAGGUCGGCCAUUGGCCUGAUCUAGCAGGCUCUUCUGAUAUUCUUCUGAUGAUAUCAUGUACCAGUUUAUUCUCUCAGAUCCAAGAGCUUUUUACAUCAUUCUGGGCCUUACAAAACCCCAAGCUGACCUGCUGAACCAGAUCUUCUGUAGACAAGCUGAAGAGAGGCUUUGCUUAAUUCAGUGACAAUUGGGUUUUUGCAAGGGCAACUAACUAGAAAAUCUCUCAGACCCAUAAUUAACUUUUACACAAUUAAAGGAUUCCUACAUUGCAUGGCUUUGGAGUAGAUGACUCCUGGAGGUCCCUUUUAGCUCCACAAUUCCCCGAGCCUAUGAUUCUACAAUCAGAAUGCAGGUCAAGUGAAAGUGUGGCCAAGCCCUCAGACUGCCCUUGAAGGAUGGAGGUUCCCGGUUUACCCAUUGCACCUAUUUGUUCUCUUUGUUUUUUUAAAACAAUCAAGCAGUGUAUAAAUUUUGUGAAAUUAAAAUAAACACAUAAAUAAAUAAA